GCUCCUCUUCCAUUUUUUCAUUCUCUCUUUUUGUCCUUUCAUCACACUAACAAAAUCACACAAUCUCAAACCCAUUUUCUUGUUCAUAUAAAACCACACUCCUCCCCUUUCAAUCCCCCUCUUCCAUUUCUCUCCGCCAUUUUUGGUUCUUGGAGGACCGAGUUUGUGUUCUUGUUCGUGGCUUCGAAUCUGAAUGACCUUAUCUGGCCUCUACUGAUUUUGGUUUCUUCAAAUCCAAUGGCUGAAACUGAGUUAGGUUCUGUUCUUAAUCGCAUUUGCAGCACUAACCACUGGUCCUAUGGCGUUUUUUGGAGCUUUGAUCGAAGAAACUCCAUGCUGUGUUGUUGGUGUAUAUGCAUAUAGGGUGUUGACUUUGGAGGAUAUUUGGUAUGAAGAGCAAGUGGGGCUGGUGGCUGCUAAUAUGCUUCAACAAGUUCACAUGCUUGGUGAAGGAGCUAUUGGCACGGCUGCGUUCACUGGGAAGCACCGGUGGAUGUUUUCCGAUGCUUCGUUUGGUGAAUGGAAUCCCUCUAUGUUUGAGGAUAAUAUGGAGUUUCAACAACAAUUUUCCUGUGGGAUAAAGACCGUUGCAGUUAUUCCCGUUCAUCCACACGGAGUAAUACAGCUUGGCUCUACACAUAAGAUCUGGGAAAGUUUCGAGUUCUUGGCCGAUGCAAAGAGAUCAUUAUGUCAAGUGAUUAAUGGUGGUGGACAUUUACAAGAGAAAACUAUGCCCAUGGCUUUGAGCGCCGAUAUUUUUCACUUUAACGAGCUUUUCACGUCCUUCAUCAUGUCUUCGAAUUCUGAUGAUUGGAGUCUCGGUGCCGUGCAUAAUAACAGCCGUACAGAUUUCGCAGGGAAAUCUUAUGCUUCAAUUGAUAAACAACCAGCCGUGUUGGCUUCAUCCAAGCCGAUGCCAACGUCCAACAUUAGAGAACAAGAUGCUCAAUAUCCAAGCUAUUUGGACGCUGACAUGCUUGACUCGUGUAGAAACUUGGUCGAAUAUGGACACCAUAGCUCGAAAAUUGCAACAGUCUCAAGUGGAACGGGUUCUCUCUGUAUGGAUAAUGUUCAGCAGUCGGCUCGGUUUCCUGUGAUUGAAGGCGAACUCGUGGAAAGCAUGACUAGCCGACCUGACUUCUGUGAUGAGCAUCUUUCUGAAGAUUUUACAAUGGAUCUCCCGGACAUCUCGCUCAUUGACGAUCUAUUUCAAUGGUUUGAUUCUUCACCAGAAAACGGAACGAAUGGAGCAACAACAGCAGUGAACGAUAACCUUCCACAGUCCACAGGAGUUUCGACAUUGUCGUCUAAUCUGGUUGAAGUUUGUAAGUUCGUUGACGGUUCGAGCAAAACCUCCGUUGUUUCUGCUCGAAGUUGUAUAACUAAUGCAUCACAAUCCAGCGAACAAGAUAACACAAUCAUAACACAGGGUGCAAAAGAUAGGCUGUUUGAUAGUUUGGGGUUAGGCACAGAAGGUCAUGAGAGUUACUCAGGUGGGUGCAACAGUAUGUCUACGUGCAGCUCGAAGUUAGCCACCGGGUCAACGGAUCAUCCUCGAAAGAGAUUAUUUUGGGAGUUGGGAAUCGAAGAGCUUUUAGACGGUCGAAGCAACACGAGCUCGACGACUAAAUCAAGUGUUGAGAAUCAUCAAUCAAUUGCCUCAAGAAGGUCAAAGAUGGAAAGAUCGUUGUUCGAAACUAAUCCGAUCCAAUUACUCGACCCUUGCACCAAUGUGAAUCCGAUACAAUCUUCGGGCACAGCUGAUCGUUUCCCAUGUAAGAAAGAAGCUAUACCAAAGUCACCGGUAAGUUCGUGGAUUGAUGACAGCUAUAGCACCAAUAUUGGAGGCUCCAUCCUAGAACUAUCUCGUAAGAGAGAGGAGCCCGUGAAGACUUGUAAGAAGAGGGCAAGACCUGGAGAGAGUAACCGUCCCCGACCGAAGGAUCGACAACAGAUCCAAGAUCGUCUCAAAGAGUUGAGAGGAAUUAUCCCUAGUGGUGCAAAGUGUAGCAUCGACUCGUUGUUGGAUCGGACUAUCAAAUACAUGCUUUUCUUACAAAGUGUUACGAAAUACGCAGACAAGCUUAAAGAAACUCACGAACCAAAGUUAAUCGACCAAGAUGAUGGGGUGGCUGUAAAUGACAAAUGCACCACGGAGAGAGGCGGUGGCGGGGUUACUUGGGCGUAUAAAGUGGGAACGACACCGAUCGUUUGCCCGGUUAUCGUCGAAGACCUUAGUUCACCUGGUCAAAUGCUCAUUGAGAUGCUAUGUGAGGAAAGAGGCUUCUUUCUCGAAAUAGCCGACAUGAUUCGUGGCUAUGGAUUGACGAUUUUGAAAGGCAUGAUGGAAGUUCGAGAGGACAAGAUAUGGGCACAGUUCGUUGUCGAGGUGAAGCUAAAUACUAACCAGAGUAUUACAAGGAUAAAUGUGUUCUUGUCCCUCAUGGAGCUUCUACAACAAGCAAACAUUAGUGGAGCUGAUUUAGCUAGUUAGUAGUAAUAGGGAUGGAUCGAAAUGGAGAACGAAGAACGAAGAACAGUGGAAUUCAAUUAGGUAGUUAGUAGUAAUAGUGAUGGAUCGAAGCAAAGAACGAAGAACGAAGAACAAAGAACGAAGAACGAACAUGUCUUUGAAAUCUGAGUAGGAACUCGAUCAUAAGUAGUUGGAUAGUUAACGACCAUGGUAUAGUAGAAAGUAAAUGUGCAUAGAUGAAGAGUGUAGGUAGCAUUUUCAUAGGUGAAAUCUAAUAUUUUUGGUUUGAAUAAUUAUUGAGUGAGCAAUUAGGGUUUCUAAGGACGUUAGAUGUAUAGUUACUUUGCCGAUGCUAAGACUAAUAAUAGAUAUAUGAUGUAUUACUCUAAUUUGAAGAUUCAGUUAGAACGUA